AUUUACGUAAAAGAAUUGAUUUAAAAACUUUUGUUUUCCUUAAUAAAAGAAGAACAUGCAAUAAUUCUUCUUAAAUAUAAGAAUCAAGUGCAUCGAUAGUCCUGCCCAGUCAAUAUUAAAUAUAAUUUAGUAGUUAGUACCAAAUUGAUUCACUAUAAUCUAUAAAAUGGCUUCACCAAAUGAACAAUGUACAAUAAAUAAUACAAUUUUUGGAAAAAUAUUACGAAAAGAGGCUCCAGCUCGAAUCAUAUAUGAAGACGAUCAAUGUAUAGCUUUUCACGAUAUCAACCCACAAGCACCUGUACAUUUUCUAGUAGUUCCACGAAAAUAUAUACCACAAUUAUCCAAAGCCAAGGAUGAAGAUGAAUUAUUAUUAGGACAUUUAUUAAUUGUGGCACGAAAAUUAGCAAAGGAACAAGGCCUUAAAGACGGUUUCCGUAUUGUAAUUAAUGACGGAUUUAAUGGAUAUCAAACCAUAUUUCAUUUACAUGUACAUGUGUUAGGUGGAUGCAGGGGUGUCUCGACAUUUUUUUGUUAAUUUUAAAAAUUAAUUUUUUAAUAAAAAAGUAUC